UUUUUCCCUUGUUGCCAUUUUUCAGGACUGCCGGUCCCAAAGAAGAGCCCAAAGUCGCAACCACUUGAAAGGAAAGACAGCCAAAACAGUUCCCAGCACAGCGUCUCGAGCCACCGCAGCGGGCACACGGCGUCCCCCGCGCACAGCACCCAGGUGCUGCCGGACUACGCCGCCCCGGAGGCGCCAGCCCCCGACCAGCCGGACACUUCUGGGCAGAAAAAGCCRGAUCCGUUCAAAAUCUGGGCCCAGUCCAGGAGCAUGUAUGAAAGCCGACCUAUGUCACCUUCGCCUGCAACUGGACUGAGCAAGGGUGAGAGAGAGAGAGAAAUCAAUUCCACGAGUUUUGGAGAAUUUCCAGAUUAUCAAGAGCAGGAUAUCUUUCUAUGGAGAAAGGAAACUGGGUUUGGAUUUAGGAUUCUAGGUGGAAAUGAGCCUGGAGAACCUAUUUACAUCGGUCACAUUGUACCGCUGGGUGCUGCUGACGCCGACGGCCGCCUGCGAUCGGGCGACGAGCUCAUCUGCGUGGAUGGGACGCCGGUGGUGGGGAAAUCACACCAGCUCGUGGUGCAGCUGAUGCAACAGGCGGCCAAACAAGGGCACGUCAACCUGACCGUCAGGCGCAAAGUGGUUUACACAGUUCCCAAGGCAGAGAAUGAAGUCCCGUCCCCAGCCUCCUCCCACCACAGCAGCAACCAGCCGGCCUCGCUGACCGAGGAGAAGCGGACGCCGCAGGGCAGCCAGAACUCGCUCAACACGGUCAGCUCGGGCAGCGGCAGCACCAGCGGCAUCGGCAGCGGCGGCGGCGGGGGCAGCGGGGUGGUCAGCACCGUGGUGCAGCCCUACGAYGUGGAAAUCCGCCGUGGAGAGAACGAGGGCUUCGGCUUCGUCAUCGUCUCGUCGGUGAGCCGGCCCGAGGCGGGCACCACGUUCGGUCGGAUAAUUGAAGGGAGCCCCGCAGACCGCUGUGGAAAGCUGAAAGUAGGAGACCGGAUCUUGGCUGUCAAUGGGUGCUCCAUCACCAACAAGUCGCAUUCAGACAUCGUCAACCUCAUUAAGGAAGCGGGAAACACCGUCACCCUGCGCAUCAUUCCAGGAGAUGAAUCCUCCAAUGCUACUUUAUUGACCAAUGCAGAAAAAAUUGCUACAAUCACAACCACACAUACUCCUCAGCAAAUACCACAGGAGACCAGGAACAACACCAAACCAAAGCAGGAAUCCCAGUUUGAUUUCAAACCACCCCAAGCAGCACAGGACCAAGACUUUUACACUGUUGAGCUGGAAAGGGGAGCCAAAGGGUUUGGCUUCAGCCUGCGAGGGGGCCGGGAGUACAACAUGGACCUGUACGUGCUGCGGCUCGCUGAGGAUGGGCCCGCUGAGAGAUGUGGCAAAAUGAGGAUCGGUGAUGAAAUUUUAGAGAUCAAUGGAGAAACCACCAAGAACAUGAAGCACGCUCGGGCCAUCGAACUGAUUAAAAAUGGUGGCCGCAAGGUCCGCCUGUUUCUGAAACGUGGAGAUGGCUCAGUCCCAGAAUAUGACCCCAGCAGUGACAGGAACAGUCCCGCCACAGGUUCACAAAAUGUAUCGGAAAUGAAACCCGCGCCAUCCGACCGACGGCAGCACCCAUCAUCGGAGUCCAGUUAUCCACCAGACCUUCACAAAUCAUCACAGCAUGGGGACAAGCGGACUUACGUUAGAGACCUAAAAGGCAGCAGAGAGUUUAGCAGACAUCCCAAUGAACACCACACUUGGAAUGGGACUUCUAAAACCAACGAGCACGUGCCAGGCAGGAGGAUGGAGAGGUCGCCGGAGAGGAGGCACGAGAGGCAGCCCGAGAGGGCGGUGGUGAACGGGCAGAAGAGGAGGUCUCCCGAAAAGCGCAGGGAAGGGACGAGGAGCGCCGACAACACUUUGGAGAGGCGGGAGAGACACGAGAGGAGGAGAGACCUGUCUCCAGAGAGGCGCAGGGAGCGGUCACCCGGCCGCCGGCGCCGGUCGCUGGAGAGGCUGACGGAGCCCAGGAGGUCACCAGAGAGGAGAAGAGAGAGCUCCCUYGACCGCCGGGCCAAAUCAUCCGACMGGCGCAGGGAGAGGUCACCCGAGAGACGGCUCAGGGAGGAGCGGUUGGGCCACCGGGACAGGGAAGAGCCYGGCUGGAAGCACGAGCAGAGCCGCAGGCACCUGCCCGAGCAGCGCAGGCGGCCCUACAAGGAGUGCAGCACCGACCUCAGCAUCUGAGGGGCUCCCCGGGGUCCCCGUCGCCUUCCCCACACUGAGCAAGCAGAGGAGAGAGUGAAACCACCUUGGUUUCGCAGGCGAGGAGACAUCCGGCACCUGCUGAUCCUACAAACCUUUUAUGCAGAUGAAAUCUUAUAACAAAAAAAAAAAAAAAGUGUUGUGCCUGAUGUAUAAUAUUAAAGAAAGUAUUUUUCAGUGUAUUCUUUUUUUUUUUUUAAUUACUUGCCAAAUGUUGGUCCUAAAGGAUUAUAAAAUUUUGUUUCUACAUUCUUUGUAGAUUUCUUAAAAAUAAUUCCUUUAUUGGGCUACUUUSCCCCCUCCCCAAUAUAGUAAGUGGGGGUAGCCGGUAAUAUAAUAUAGGCAAAGGAUUUUAUGACCAAGUUUGAAUAAUUUGAUCCAGACUGUUCUCUAGUGACUCACUGCUACACUGUAUGUAGAAAAUUUUUUAAGGGUUGGGGGUGGGGAAGGAAGAAAAUUGUUCAUCUCAGUAGGAAUGGAGCGCUCCUGCUGAAGGAAUUAAAAAGGAAAGAGACAAAUGUUCCUAAAAUUGCAAGAACUGUUUGAAGAGACUACUGUUUCAAUGAAGGAUAUUUAUAAUAAUAAUAAAUAACUUUAAAAAAAAUGAAAAAAAUAAAAAAAAAAGCAACCAAACCCACACAGCACAAGAUGAUUUACGAUAAGGAAUUUGUAGUUUGUUCCAUGAACAGUUUAUACUUUCAGGCCCCCUGGACAGGAUGCGCAGAGGCAGAAGGACUGGUCACCACCACGCCCGUGUCACGCGCUAACGUGGACUGUUGAGCUCUCAUUAGCCUCAGCAACAUGUAACGAGGAUUUGUCAUUAAGGCAGCAGCCCUGCUCAUCUCCCAGCUGUAUAUGGACAGCAGCCCCAGCAUGCAUGGUCUUGUGUGUUUGUUUGGAAGCGAGGGAAGGGAUCGGGAUUCUGGGAUGAUGCGGUGGGACCACAGUCCCCCUGCUCRGAGUAGGUGUAUUCCUUCUGCUCAGGCAAAACCAGUGGGCUUUUAUUUUGCCAAAUUCCAAAAGCUCUCAAUUCUUGCUCUGUAUUUAAGGGGKUUUUUGUUCGUUUGUUUUUGUUUUACUGGUUCAUCCUUACUGAGACAAAAGGAGUACACUUGCUGGGGGGGAAAAAUAGGAAAUAAAAGAAAAAAAAUAUCAAAGGAAAAACACAGGCUGAAAGAGGCAAUCAGUGGGACAAACUGGUUGUAGAAGCCUACCCAUACUGGUUAUAUGCUGUAAAUYCGAGUCUAAGAACAGCAGCAAAAGGGAAACCUGCAAGUUUCUAAGUUGUAUUUUUAAAUUUGCAAGUUGUGUGGUAAGUCUGCUGUAGCAUUGGUCUAAGAUUUAAUGGAUUACUGCCUAGCUGAGCCAAAAUGUUUGCCGUUACUGUUGGACCACUAAAUGAAACUGCUGCUUUUUCCAGUGCAUUGGUGUGUACAUGUAUACUGAYUCACAUCCUCCAUAUGAACACAAAACCAUUGCAAGUCUAUCACUGUUGUUGCCAUGGUACUGUAAAAACAAAACCAAGAAAGAAGAUGGCCGAUCAUUGUGUGUACAGUUGAAAUUGUAAUUAAUAGAGCCUGUUGGAAAAAAAACUAAAACUGUUGCCUUUUUCUUGUAUAAAAGAGGAUUUAUGACAAAAUUUAGCUGUGAGGAAUGUGAUUAAGUGUUUAUAUUUCUGAAAAUGGAAAAAAUUUGAUUCAGGGGAUAUAUUUUAAUGUAAACUGAAUCAGGUAUGUAAAGCUGUUUUAAAAUGGGAGACUGUAUCAGUAAUUCUAAAGCUUUUGUUGGUUGGAAUAUCAUUUCUUUCUUCAUGGUGGGCCUGCUUAUGUAUAAUUAAGCACUUGUAUGCAGUCUAUAUUCUCCAAUCAUCAUUUCUUGCAACAUGCUAUAGGCAUAAUGCUCUUUUCUGUGUUGAUGAAAAGCAGUAUGUGGGCCAAUCUUUUUUAUAAAACACUAUGCAUAUAUAAAUACUACAUUGUUCAUAGCUUUAUUUGACUUAAUUGGRUUUAUACAUAACACUAGGAUGAGUAGACGUGGACUUACCCAGUAAGAGCUUCUUUCCUUGGAACAGACACUAUGUAUAUGAUGUAGCAACAAAGAAGGAAAAAGUCUGUGAAUGCUAUUUUUAUUAUCAAAUAAAGUUUUCCAUACAAAGCAUGCAUGCGAGUGUAGUGAUAAGAAAAAGGAAGAACCACACCUUAAUGUUACUAAUUCAUCCCUGCCUAAAUUAAUAAAACCGUAGGUUACGGUCGCCAAGGGCCAUCUAUUAAAUAUGCAUUAAUCAGCCAUUAAAUAUGCAUUAAUCAUUUGACAAGCCUUAAAGCWAAGGUUCCCAGUUUUCCAGGAGGAAAUUCCCUCCCCCAGAAUAGUCAGAAACUAAAAGUUUAGGUGAAGUAAGGUCUGAGGUUUGUGUCAUUGACUCUUCAUAGCACAKCAGCACGUGUGACCAUUUAAAAUCAAG